AUGGACAAACAUUAUGUGUAUCUGUCAUCCUUACCUAGCUUUACAAAGUUCAUUUUGCUUUAUUCUUUCCGUAAAGGACAGGACGCAGUGCAAGGCGCCAAAAAGUUACAUGAGGUCUGUACGGUAAUGAAGACCUACCUUAAAGAAAGGCAAUGCCGAAAUUGGUUUGAAAAAUUCCGUUCUGGAGAUUUUUGCCUCAAAGAUGAACAACGUUCAGGUCGACCAGUUGUGCUUAAUGAGGUUGAAAUCAAAAUCAUCAUCGAAGCGGAUCGUCACGUAACUACACGAAAGAUUGCAGAGAAGUUGAAUGUUUCGUAUACAGCCAUUGAGAAGCGUUUAAAACGUGUUGGUCUCGUUAAGAAGCUGGAUAUUUGGGUUCCGCACGAUUUGAACAAUGUCAAUUGA